AUGGGGAAGUAUAUCCUAGCUGUCAAUGCGGGCUCCUCCUCCGUCAAAGUCACUUUUUAUACAUGCGAAAAUCCCCCGCAGAUCGCCGACGCUCAAAUCUCGGGCAUCACAGCACCUCCCCCCACCUUCAAAUACCAGCACGGAAAGACCAAAGUGAAAGAGGAGCUGGAGGAGGAAUUGGGCACUCCGCAAGAUGCCUUCAAAUACCUCCUUCAACGCUGCUUCAAGGAUCCCGAGCUAUCAGAGGUGGCUAGCGAACAUGACCUCGCCUACAUCUGCCACCGCAUCGUACACGGGGGGGAGUAUCACGAGGCCGUGGAGAUUAACGACGACACCCUUCACCAUCUGGAGAAAUUGGAGGAUCUGGCUCCGCUUCACAACUUCUCUGCGCUCGAAAUUGUACGACUGUGCAAGAAGGAACUGCCCAGCGUCAAAAGUAUUACCUGCUUCGACUCGGCCUUUCAUCAGACCCUGCCUGACUGCGUCAAGACCUACCCGAUCAACCAGGAGAUUGCCAAAGCCAAUGGACUACGGAAGUAUGGAUUCCAUGGGAUCAGCUACUCUUUCAUUCUGCGCUCCGUCGCCCAAUUUCUAGGGAAACCUCAAGAGCAGACCAACGUGAUUGCCAUGCACAUUGGAAGCGGAGCUUCAAUGUGUGCCAUUAAAGAUGGGAAAUCAGUGGAUACGACGAUGGGUCUGACUCCCUUAUCGGGGCUACCAGGUGCGACUCGCAGCGGCGAUAUUGAUCCUUCCCUCGUGUUUCAUUACACAAGCGACGCGGGCAAACUGAGUCCCGCAAGUACCAAGGAAAUGCACAUUAGCACGGCGGAGGAGAUCCUGAACAAAAAGUCCGGAUGGAAGGCUCUCACUGGAACCACAGACUUUGCACAGAUUGCUGUGGAAAAGUUCCCCUCUGAAGCUCACAAGCUCGCCUUUGAUAUCGUCGUCGACCGAAUGCUGGGAUACAUUGGCAACUACUACCUGAAAUUGGGCGGCGAGGUUGAUGCGCUGGUCUUUGCCGGUGGCAUCGGCGAGAAAAGUGCCCUUCUUCGGCAAGUCCUGGUGGAAAAGAGUCAGUGCCUCGGCUUUGCCAUUGAGGCCAAGGCCAAUGAACAGGGUCCAGAGGAUGACGAGGUGGUCAAGGACAUUUCCCCGGCAUCCUCCAAUGGGCCGCGAGUGCUGAUCUGUCAGACAAAUGAACAGUUUGAAAUGGCUUACUCCACAAUGCAAUCAUGCUCGUGA